CCGGCGGCUUUUCUGUCCCUGUCUCUACUUAUUGUCUCCGGUUAUGCCAACAUUGAUACAUCCUGCUUGCUGUAUAAUAGGUGAUCACUCUGGUUGGGAUGGAAACUUAUUACUCAGUCCAAUUAAUUCACAGGUUGGCUAAGGUUUUUGAUUAAAAUGCGAAAUCAAUUAUCAAUUAGCAUGAAAGUUAUCAAUUCUUCUUCCAUAUGCUGAGUUUUCCAGAAACAACGGAAUUAACUCAUGAAUCAAUAUUCACAUAAUGACCAGUAUACAUAUCCAUCUUUGCAAGAAGUUGAGGUUCAGUUAGAUAUACUUAAUAAAACAUCUACACAGAUUAAUGAAUUAGAAAGACGAUUAGAAAUUUCUCGUGAUGCUUAUCGUAAAGUUUUAUCAGAUCAAUCAGAUAAAUUACAGAAAUUACGUAAAAAACUUGGUAAAUGUAUAUCACGUACUCGUGCAUACAAUGAAUUGAAACAGAAACAAGCAUAUUAUCGUAGAGAAAUUCAAUUAGCCGCUUUAAAAUAUGACAAUGCUAUAUCAACGCUGGAUACAACUCGUAAUACUUUGGCUAAAUUGGAAGCAUGUGUUUCAGAGCCCGGUGUUAGAGAUCCAAAUACAUUGGAAUCUUUAAAUCAAAGCAUUAUAGAUUUUAAUAAUGCUAACAAGUUAUUAAAUAACGCUAAAUUAGAACAUGAAAAAUUAAUGGAAAUUUAUGCUGCAAAUGAACAAUCACUUCGUUAUUUAGAGAAACGUCAUUGUUUUGAUAUUCGUAAAGCAAAGCCUUAUUAUACCAUGUAUGAUCGUUUCAUGGUAAAAAUGGAGGAUGCUAAAAUUCAUGUGGAAUUAUGUACAGAUAAAUUAAAAGCAUGUAAAAUUAUUUAUGCGAAUGCCAUGUCCACAUUAGAAUCUUUAUCAAAUUCUAUACAUUCAAUGCGAUUCAAUCAACAACAACAACAGCAAUCUAUGAUGUACAUGACAACAAAUCAUUGUGAUGCUAUAAAUUCUAGUGAUCAUUGUUCAAUUGUCAAUGAUUGUCAUCAUCAUCAUCAUCAGCAUCCUCUUGAUGAACAUGGUGAUGACGAUGAUGGUGUUGAGGUUGAGGAUGUCAAUAAUUGCACAACAACACAAUUCACGCCAUCAUUAUCUUCUGUUCAAUGUACAAAUGAAUUAACAAAUAAUGAGAAUUCACUAUUGAACAAAUCAAUGCGCGAUUGUUUAAAUCAUCAUCAUCACCAGAAUAAUAAUAAUAAUCACAAUUCAAAUGUCAAUUGUUUUCCAAUGAUGAAUGGUUUAUUAGAGUCUAUUCAUCAAGCUUCCAUUGAAAUAGAUUCAUUGCAAAAUUCUUCUUUUCUGUUAUCACAAGAAGAUUCUCCAUAUUCAAGUACUUCAACUCCUUCUAAUACAACUACCAUCACCACUGCCACAGUGUCAUCAUCUUCAUCCACAUCAUCAUCAUUAUGUACAGAGAAUAAUUCUUGCUCUGAAUGUCUUUCCAUCUCAUCGCAUACAUCAUCAGCAUCUAUCUCACCAGCAUUGUCUUUCGAUGCAUUCAACGCCGCCUCCACAACACCGACAACCACUUCACUGGAUGAACACCAACAGCACCACAAUUCAGCUUUCAUGUUAAUUAAUUCUUUAACAAAUUUAAAUCUAAUGACCACCACUUCAACUACAUCAUCUGAUUUAUAUACUGUUAAAGAUUUAUGUUGUCAUAGUAAUUUGACUAUGACAAAUAUUUUUUAAUUUUUAUAUAUAUAUAUGUGUAUAUCUACAUUUUUCAAACAACAUUGUAUGCUUUACGCUUGUGUAGUUAGUUAGUUUAUCAUUAUUAUUUCUACACACACACACACACAGUUGUGUUUCGGUUUUAGUUUUCUUUUGAGGAGAGCAGAAAAACGAUGAUGAUGAUGAUGAUGUUGAUAAUCUUGUUCAAUGUCUCAAUGUCAUCAUCACAUACUACUGAGAUGACUGAAGCAGGCGUUGAAGAUUGUAUUGUUAUUGUAAAUUUACACUCUGAGUCAAUUAAAAACGAACACUGAACAGACCAUCUUUGAGUCGUGACUUCCAACACUCCAUCCUUCUUCUUCCAUUCCUGUUGUUACUUCCUGUUGGUACUCUAUUCAUUUCUUGCUUUUGCUUCAUAUGCUUUCCGUUUUCCUCUUCUGACCGUGCAAAUUCUUCGUCUUUCACGUCCCUUCUUAUACUACUUACUACUUAUAUCGUUCGUAUAAGUAGUAGUACACACCAUACAACUACUUACUGGCUUGCUUGCUUAUUGAAUGUUGAAUGGUGAACGUUGAAUUGAAAUUACUGCUGAUUCUCUUCCUCUAUCUCUCUCUCUCUCUCUCUCUCGUGUGUGCUAAAUUACACAUUUAGGUAUUUUUUUUAUUUUAUUUUUCUGUUGAAAAAAAGUCCCUAUUUCAACAUGAUGAGCAUGGCAUGUUAUUAUAUACUUCAUUCAAUUGGAUGUUACAUCUGCGUCAAAGAGGAAGGAUCGAUAGAUUAGAUUUUGUUUGUGCAUGCCUUGUUUUAUUAUUCAGCUUUAUCUAGUCACAUAAAAAUUUUGAAUAAAUGUUUUAACAAUCAAAUUGAAAUUUAUUCAAUUUAUUUAUUUUUUCUAAAAAAAAAACGCAUUUUAAAUU